UUUUUUUCAUCCUUCUCCAUUCUUCCAGUCAGUGCUCGCCGUAACUGACGCUUCCUUCAUACUAGGCUUUGUGCAGGAACAAAAGGAAUGUUCACUUUUCAUGUAUCCCUUGUUUUUGAUCAGCAUACAUAUUCAGGAACAGUUCCAGUCUUGUUCACGAUCAUGUUAUCGCUACACUGUAUCCCCACCCGUAUUUAAACCGUUUGUUUUCUGCAAUGCCAUGAAUUUUUUUUAUCAUAACACUUACAAGGCUCUUCAUCUCAAGUAUGCAAGGCCAGCAAUCCAACAUGCAAGACGAACAAUCCAGUAUGCAAGAGAAGCAUACCAGUAUUCAACAGCAUACUGAUCUGCGCCGUAGGCCUGCGAUCCGUCGCAGGCGCAAUCCUUUCACCAUGUCGGGUCAGCUGGCAGUCUCAAUGCCUGUACAGUCGGUCCCGAGCGGUACGGUCCAGGUCAAAGAGACGACCGUGAAGGAAGGUGAGGUUGCUGCUCGUGCCAAGAGUAGCAGUUGGGGGGAGGUUACGGAUGCACUGUUGUCCCCGUCGCGCCAGCAUAUCCAUCGUGCUAACGCUGUCCGCCGUGCUAACGUGAAACAAAAGGACGAUGAACAGCCUCUGCUGCCGGCCCAGCAACCCCAGGCUCGCAAGCAGGUCCGCUUUGCCAACGUGGACGACCAGAGUGAGCAGCCCCGGUCACCGGCUCAGCCUAUCCAGCGCCAACACGAGUUUGUGGGAGAAGUGGAAAUCAUCUACCCUCCCAUCCGCCUGCCGAGACGUCCUGCUAACGUGAACCAGCAGAAGCAACAGCCGCCCCCGGUUUCUCGCCCUUCGAUGCCGCCACGCCAGCCGCCGAGGCAACAGCCUCUGUCCCCUGAGCCCCCGCGUAGGGUUGCGACUACUUUCGACGAGAUCGAGUCGACCAUGCGCAUGGAUGCCGAGAGGCAGAAGGCUGACUUGCAGCGCCAGUUGAGCUCCCAGAAGCGCGAGAGUGUUAACAAGGGCCUGUGGAAGAAGGCUGUCGAGAAGGUUAGUCGUGCUUCCGACUGAGGGGAGUAGAGCAGGUAAGUCUUUCUUCCGACUGAGGUGAGUACUGCAGGUCAGUCUUUCUCUCAUGUUUGAUCUCCUGUUUGGGUUUCUGGCUUGGAGUUCUGGUUUGACUUUCUGAUUUGCUUUGAAGCCAUCGCUUGAUGCGCUUCCAUAGUUGAGUUUCUGAUUCUUUCUCAAGGCAUCGCUUGAUGCCCUUCCACGGUCAUUUCCGGUUUCUUGAAGCCACCGCUUGGUGCGCUUCCAUAGUCGGUUUCCUUUCAUAGUCGUUUUCAUCAUCAGGUAAGUAUUGCGGUUUUCCAGGUAAGUGGUAUAAGUUUCUUUGAAUAUAAUUUUUAGUGUCUAUUUUGUUUUAUUAUUCUACAUGUGUUAAACAGCCUAG